AUGCAAACGAGAAAGCUUCGCUCUGCCUGCGAUAUUUGCCAUCAAGCAAAGACACGGUGCUCUGGUGGCAAUCCCUGUACAGGAUGUCGGAACUCAGGAGCUGAAUGCGUGUACAGUGUCUCCAAUCGACUAGGACGACCUAAAGGAACAACAAAGUAUAAAGCUCAACGUCAGCGGGCAGUUAAUACAUCUUCCGCCCUGCCGAAUACUACUCGCUCCAGCUCUGCGACGUCUGAUACCUACAAGGAUCCGUCAUCCUUGAAUGAUCGGAUGAUACUCGAUCCACCAUCAGACAUGGCCCGAGAUGCGUUAUUUGUACCAAGUCCAAAGACGUUCUGGGAGUUAAUCAGCCACGAAACAAUGCCUGUAUCUGAAUUUAUACUUAAUGAAGACAGAGAUAAUAUACAAAACUUACAAAUAGAGACCACUUCGAUCUCAAAUUCUAUUAUGUCGGGAGAACAGGGAUCUGGCUACACCACUUGUCCGUUUGCAGACCUGCUUGAUACGGCGAAUAAAGGGGGACACUUGUCCUAUCCAGCAGCACUUGACUUUGAUAUUUCCUCAUUCAUUACUCCUACGCCGAACGAUGAAGUGGCAAUUAAUCCUAGAGUCAAUCCUGACCCAGCUGAUCGUCUAUCACAGAGCCUAGACCAAAGUACACUACGACAGGAUAAGUCCAGUGGUCGUCCCCAACAUCGCAAUCAGAUAACACGUGAGAGCAAUGGGUGCGAAUGUAUGACGCAUCAUGCUACUCUUCUCGUGCAAUUGAGCAAUUUGAAGAAUGGCAAAGGCCCACUUUCGCUUGAUAAUGUUUUAAUAUCGGUGCAGCAGGCUCUGACGCCCUGGAAUCACUUGAAUCAGUGUGCCGUGUGCGAGAGCGACGAGGAUCAGGGAGUCCUUAUUUUCUCCGCCAUGACAAUCCGGACAGUUCUUGCACUUCUUCAACGGUUUUGUGCGGAAUCAAUAUAUCCCCAUAGAAGUGAUGAGAGGUCUGCUAUCCCUUCGUCCAAGCAGUUACCCACUGGCGGCCAAAUCACUAUAGGGAAAUACAAGGCCUCGCCAGAAGAACAGAACCUAGUAACGUCUUUUCUUAUUACACGGGCUCUCUCAAAUAUACGAUCUGUGCUGGUAUCGCUGAAAAUCAAGUUGGAUAGGAGUACCAGACGCAUAAAAGCGGACCAUUUGAAGAGGAGAAAUGGGGGAACUGCUACUGAUACAGCUGGUGAUGAGGACGACAGCCUGGCCAAAUACAACAACCAGGAAGGAGAGAGCACUGGAGUCGCGUCAACCCUAUCGAACGUUGUCCCCGGAGGUGAAGAGGGUGGCUGUAUACAGAUCCUUUUGCGGAGCCUGGACGCCACUGUUGAAGAAAUAGGGAAGGCAGUACCGAAAAUGAGCUGCUCUUCAGCGUCGUCCGAGACGAAUCCUUUUGUGUGCUAG